GCCGCCGCCGCCGCCGCCGCCGAGGUGACUGAGGAGAGAGGCGCCUCCUCGCUCCCGCCUCCGCCGGCCUUCAAUGCCCAGUCCCCAGCUCGCCAGCGUUAUUCGUUGGAAUAUACGUUGCACAUUUAUGGCGAUUCUGAGUGUGAGGGCAGACUUCUGCCAGGCUCAGCACAGCCUUUUUGCUGACAAGUGAGCUUGGAGGUUAUAUGUGCCAUAAUUAGCAUUGCCUUGAAGACUCUGGACACCGAGACUGGCCUCAGAAGUAGUAGGCCUUUUUUUUUUUUUUUUUUUUUUUUUUUUUUUUUUUUAAAUUGCAAGCGUAUUCUUUUAAUGACUCCAGUAAAAUUAAGCAUCAAGUAAACAAAAGUGGAGAAGAACUUACACUUUUAACUUGUCUCACUAGUGCCUAAAUGUAGUGUAAAGGCUGCUUAAAUUUUGUAUGUAGUUGGAUUUUUUGGGAAGCUGAAGGUAUCCAUCUGCACACAUUGAGGCUCAAGUUGAAUUUGGAUUCAAGUGGAUUCUUAAUACUUCUGCCUGUGUUGAAGAGAGAAGCUUGAUAAGGAAUAAGCAAGUUGAAUAGAGAAAAUAGUGAUCAAUAAUAGGCAUUUUAGUGGUCUUUUUAAUGUUUUCUGCUGCGAAACAUUUCAAGAUUUAUUGAUUUCCUCCUCCCCCCAUUUUUUUCCCACCACACUCACACGCACCCUCACACUUUUUAUUUGCCAUAAUGAACCGUCCAGCCCCUGUGGAGAUCUCUUAUGAGAACAUGCGUUUUCUGAUAACUCACAACCCCACCAACGCAACUCUCAACAAGUUCACAGAGGAACUUAAGAAGUAUGGAGUGACGACUUUGGUUCGAGUUUGUGAUGCCACAUAUGAUAAAGCUCCAGUUGAAAAAGAAGGAAUCCACGUUCUAGAUUGGCCAUUUGAUGAUGGAGCUCCACCCCCUAAUCAGAUAGUAGAUGAUUGGCUAAACCUGUUAAAAACCAAAUUUCGUGAAGAGCCAGGCUGCUGUGUUGCAGUGCAUUGUGUUGCAGGAUUGGGAAGGGCUCCUGUGCUAGUCGCACUUGCAUUGAUUGAAUGUGGAAUGAAGUAUGAAGAUGCUGUUCAAUUCAUAAGACAAAAAAGAAGAGGAGCAUUCAAUUCCAAACAGCUGCUUUACUUGGAGAAAUACCGACCUAAGAUGCGAUUACGCUUCAGAGAUACCAACGGGCACUGCUGUGUUCAAUAGAAGUAGAGGAAGGCUGGCUGGAUCCUGGCAUUAGAGGGAACUCUUGGUACCUGGAAAUGUGAAUCUGGAUUCUUACCUAUGUCAUCAAAGUAGUAAUGGAUUCAGUACUCCUCAGCUCCUAAUGAUUGAGAAGAAGGCAAACAAUAAAGAAAUCCCUUUAUUACACGAAUAAAAUGUUUAAGAAAAGAAAAAAGAAAGGAAAAGGGAUUAAUUUAGUGAAAGAUGAUUUUGCUCCUAGUGUUGGAGUUUUGAUUUCUGCCAGGAUUGAAUUAUUUCAAAGUCUCCUGCGUUUUUUAAGCUUUUUCAAAAUAGAUGUUUGAGGAGAACCAGCAGAAUAUUAAUCCGUGUGGAGCCAGUUGUUCGGAAGCACACGCUUCCAUUAUGAUUGGCACAUAGGUCUCCUUGUGCAGGGAUCUGGGGGAGGUAGAUUUUCCCCAUCUUCUUUCUUCCCACCUCCCUCCCGUCUCCUGAUCCACAGGGAUGGACUAGAAAGAAGCCCUUGUUGUGUAGAUGUGCGUGUGUCUGGCAGCCUUAAGCCCACCUGGGCACUUUUAGGAAAAAAAAACCAAAAAAAAUAAAUAAACAAAUAAAUAAAAAAUAAAAGCAAAGAAAAGGCAGUGGCGCAUAUAUUCUGUGGUCCAGGUGGUUUCUAGUUUAUUGAUGAUGGAUGGUUAUGUUAGGUUUUUUUGUUUUUUGUUUUUUUCUUUCUUCUUCUUCCUUGCACCCCUGAUCUACCAUUAGGGCGUGAAAGGUAGGUAGCCAGGAGCCUUUGGUUUUGUAAAUGGUGAGGAAAUGACAUCCUAAAUGGAGUCUUUCUCCUGUAAUUUAGCUGAGAGAAUCCUCUUUCCCAACAGUGAAACAAGCGGCCUCCUAGAAACUUUACUGCAACAAUGACUCGGGGCCAUUAUUAGUAUGUCCAGGAGAGUUAGCAGUGUAGAACCGUGGCUGGGAGUCUGUUAUCUCACGAUGUCAUGGAAAAGUGGUAUCUUAAAAUUUUAGGGCCAAUUUCAGAAAUAGUCAAAGGCAACAGAACAUUCAUAGUAUUUUGGUCUUGAGAAAUGCCUGAGGUGGUGGUUUUCCAAAUUAUUCUUUAUUCGUACAUUUCAGUGUAACUACCUAUCACCUUGUUAGUACAAGAUUCUCUUGAGAUUUAAAAAAAAUCACUGUCAGAACCAGCCUUGCCUAGUGAGUGCGUGUCUACAGGCUGUACUGGGCGGUAGAGCGACAGCCGGAAGCUCAGUGCGCAGCACUAUGGAAGUGCUCAGUGUGUUGAUACAGAAAAGUCAUUUUUACUUAUUUGAGAAGGCAGUUGACCAGACAAAGCAAGUGGCGGGGCCCCUCCGUGUGCCCUCUUCACUUAAAUGUUCAUACUCAGCAGUGCCUGCUACAGGCCUGGAGUGCAGCCGAUUGUGCAGAGCCAGAAGGUUCCCGCCUGGUUCCUGUCAGUUAGGCCAGUGAGGUGGAGGACAUCUCAUUGAUAGUGCCUCAGAUGCUGGCAGCUUUCUGAGUUGCCUGUUUACUGUUGAUGGAAUUGUUCUGAUUUUUAACUAAAUGCAAAUAUGUAGUCCUUCUUGCCUCAUUGAAGAAAAUGAAAAAUAAUGCUUUUGACAUUGUUUCUAGAAUUUUAAAGUAAAAAAUGAUGAUAGAAUCCAAAAAUUCUUACUUCAGAGCACGACAGUAGAUUUCUUUAACAAAGACUCAAGAUCAAAAUUCUUACCCUUUUUUAGGUUGACUGUUGACUCCUCAAAGGUUUUGAUCAAUACCACCCAAACCUUUUCCAUUUGACAUGCUCAGAAUAUUGAUGUGUGUGUGUGUGUAUUUGUUCAUGAGCACAAUAGCUCCCAUGAGGGUCUGCACAUGCGGGUUGUCCACCAGCAUCCGUGCCUGCCUGAGACAGUGUCGUUCCUGGUUCUGGGGGAGAAGGGUCUGUGAAGGAGCACAAAGCAGCCUUUGUCUUAAGACUAAUGGUGAUUGUUCUCAGAACUGGACUCUCCCCCCCCCCCAAAAAAAAAUUAAACCUUUUUCUUUUGGAUUUAAUGAAGUAUUGCUAGCUGAAGCCAGUUUGACUUGUGAGAGAGGUUAGACUGAUGGAAGGUGUGCAGCCUGAUUUACAACCAAACUCUGAACCCUUUUGAACAAUAAAACAUAUUUUACAUGC